ACAGGAAAUUCAUCAGAACAGACAGAAAUUGACAACAGGGAAGGCGCUGGGGUUUUUAGAUUACGGUCUAUUAAAUUAUAAUCCCUCAGAAUUUCCCUCAAAUUAGGGUUAAUUCAGACCCAAACAGGAAUACAGAAUGGUUGUCGUAGGUACUGGGGCAGGUUUAGCCCAUAAAGUGCUUUUGAUCUCCGGGAAACAGGCUGGCACAGCAGCCGGAGCACAGGGUGGGUUUAACCGGUCCAUCUCUGUGGUGCUGCCGUCGGCUUCUCAGGUUUCAUCGGAUUCAGAUUCAAAUGGAUCCGGACAGCCUCUCCGCAAACGACAGAGGCUCACACACUUGAGCCCGGAAGAGAAAUCACUUAGAAGGAAAUUAAAAAACAGAGUAGCAGCACAGACUGCUAGAGACAGAAAGAAAGCAAAAAUGGGUGAAUUGGAACAACAAGUUAUAGAGCUGGAGAUUGAGAAUGAUAAACUUCUCAUUGAAAAUCAACUUCUACUUGAGAAGGCAGAGGGUCUUCAGGCAGAGAAUGAGGAACUGCGUCAAAGGUUGGGUUUGGAUACCCUGCAAGUAGAAGAGAAAGAGACAAAGCUUCAGUUGGAGCAGCUCCAGCGGAUGCAGUCCUGUGUGGAUGAUGUCAGUUUGGUGAGCGGGUCUUCUGAGUCUGCAGUACUCAGGCUACGUGUGCCUCCGCAGCAGGUGCAGGCCCAGAUGUCAUCAAGCCUGAAGAAGUCCACAUGGGUGCUGACAUUCCUGACUCUUCAGGCCCUGAGUCUGAUCUCUUGUUUAGCCUUCUGGACAUCCUUGACCCAGAAAUGUUUCUCAAGUAUCACAACUCAGAGCCUAAGGAGCUGCCAGGAGUUGGGGGCGCACGAGAUUCAGUAUUUGCCUCCCCAUCUCCGUCUCUGGGGACCCCACCAGUUAAGCUGGAAGCCAUUAAUGAACUGAUCCACUUUGACCACAUCUAUACCAAGCCCCUGGCUGAUGAGGUGGUGUGCGCUGAGCAGGGUGAAGAAAGUGUCACAGUAGUGAAGAUGGAGGAGGUCUUGUCAGUCUGUGUGAAGGAGGAGCCCACUGAUGUGGCUCUGAUCCCU